UCUCUCUCUCUCUCUCUCUCUCUCUCUCUCUCCUCCUCUUCAUCUCUUCUCUGCAGGAGAACCAUCCAUCCUCCGGUCAGACGGACACCUGCCUCUCCUCUCUGCCUCUUUUCUCUCUCGCCUCAUUCUUUCUCGGAGCACCGGACCAUCCGCCACACAGCGGCUCUCUCAGCUCCCCUACCCCGCUCAGAGUGCACGGAGGGCGGCCAGCGGACGAAGUAGCGGUCGGUGUGAAGCCUGGAUGUAUUGAUUGGAUGUAUGGACGCAGUAUCACCUUGGGAGGAGAGUUCAUCCUGCGAUGUCUGACCUCUGACCUCUGACCUCUCUGAGAGACGCCUCUGAGGAGGGAGGGAUGGACGGAGGAGAAGAGGGGGAAGCCUCCUCCGAACCGAGGAGAGACUCGCCGAGGGAAAGAGAAAGAGGAGAAACCUGCAGACAAAAUGGCGUCAUCAACACCCAGCGGCUGUCGGUUUACUCCACUCCGCAGUAUCUGUGUCCCGAUACGAGCGGGGGGGGAGGAAGCAACCUGGACAGAGGAGGAAGUAGGGCUCCCCCUCAGAUCCUGAACCCCAGCGCUCUCCACCCCCACCAGAUGGCAGCGUCUGCGGCGCCCGGCCUCCUCCGAUACCCGGAGAGCGUGCUGCGGGCGUGGGGGGAGGCCGGUGGCAGCGGGGGCGACUGCUGCGAGACGACGUUCAUCGAGGGGCUCGGCCCCGACGCCAGGGAGGCGCUGCUGAUUGACGGGAAGUUUCUGGAAUUUUCUGGCGAGGACGCUCAGAUUCCCACACUGUCGUACGACAUCGACGACGAUGGCGAGUUCCAGGAGCUCGAGAGUGAUUACUCCAGCGAAUCAGAGAGCGAGGAUGCCUUCCUGUUGAUGCCUCCCAGCGAUCACCUGGGCCUCAGUGUCUUCUCCAUGCUCUGCUGCUUCUGGCCGCUCGGCAUCGCCGCCUUCUACCUGUCGCACGAGACCAAUAAGGCAUCGUCUAACGGAGACUUCCACGCUGCGAGCUCUAGUUCACGGCGUGCUCUCUUCCUGGCUGUGCUGUCCAUCACCAUCGGGACGGGCAUCUACGUGGGCGUGGCUGUGGCGCUCAUCGCCUACUUCUCCAAGAACCACCGCUGGUGAUCCACAAUUUACCCAUCAGGCACCGGGGGACUGUGUUUCUGGGAGAAGUCUCAGGCGAGCAUUUCCUCGGCCGGUUGGACCACUUCCUGUCUGUGGCGGCCGUUUAACUCCAGAAACAUAGCGAGAUGUUUCUACGCGGGGACGGCACUCCGUUUGAGAUUCUGGAGUUUUUUAGGACUUUAAACCAAUCAGAUCGCACGGAUCUCUGCGAGGAAUUGUGCUUUUAACGAGACGAGACCGUUUGUUUUUCUGUCUCUGAUGGAUCCGGUUUGUUUUAAUGAACAUUUCCAGCGUGAUUGUUUGUUUUUAUUCAAAUUCAAAUCCUGAAUUUAACUUUCUCUUUUACACUUUUAUUUGUUUUGAUUUUU